CUGUGACCAAAAUAAAACGGAGUUGUAGACUGUUCGCGAAACUUCCUUGCAGUUUGAAACACGAAUUUAAAUUUAGUACGUUGGGCAAAAUCCAAUAGAAUGCAAUUUGCAUCGGGGUAGUUAUAAAAGUAGGCGUAUUUGAGGAUGUAUCAGCAUUACGAACUUACACCGUAGCCAGAGUGGAUUAACAAUACGCCAAUCAGUCCCCGAGUAUAAGAAUGGCUUCUCCUGAUCUGAGCGAAACGUCAAAUGCCCGCGAUCUUUGUGCCUUGUGUAAGCAGCCCACUAAGCAUCAAUGCGGAGGAUGUGAAACAGUUGCCUACUGUUCAGGGGAGCAUCAGAAGGAACACUGGAAUCAGCACAAGGAUAAAUGUAAAACUUACAAAAUUCUUACGAACGACAAAGUUGGAAGGUACGCUGUGGCCACCCGAAACCUGGAGCCAGGAGAACAAGUCUUGUCGGAACUUCCUGUGGUCAUCGGCCCAAAACCUGAUACCUAUGUCAUGUGCUUGGGCUGUUACGCCCCCGUCGAUGGCUCAACAUUGUGUUCGCGCUGCGGAUGGCCAGUCUGUGGCCCCAAAUGUGAGGAUGCACCGUGUCAUGCCGAGGCGGAGUGUCCAGUGUUCAGAAGUGCAAGAGUUCGUUUCCAACCUGUGGAAAACUGUAUGGAUGCAUGCCCACAGUUGAACUGCAUUGCUCCACUCAGACUUCUUCUUGCCAAGGAGUCGAACCCGGAACGCUGGGAAUCGGAGGUCAAGUUCAUGGAGGGUCAUAAUGAGGAAAGGCGCGAGACUCCUAUCUGGAAAAACAAUCAGAUCAAUGUCGUGGAGUACCUCAGAAGUGCUUGCAAAUUGACUAACAGGUUUGAAGAAGAUCUUAUCCACACGGCGUGUGGUAUUCUGGAUGUAAAUAGUUUUGAAGUUCGCUGUCCAAGCGGGUCCACAGUCCAGGGUUUGUACCCUCAAACUGCCAUCAUGUCACAUAACUGUGUACCCAACACCAGCCACUGUAUCGUAAGCACGGAAGGCAACAGGUUGAUCCUCCGGACAACAGUGAAGGUGGAGAAGGGCUCCGAGAUCCAUACUACGUACACCCACACCUUGAACCCGACCCUCUUGAGGCGAGACCACCUCAAACAAAGCAAGUUCUUUGACUGCACUUGCUUUAGGUGUUCUGAUCCCACGGAACUCGGCACUAACUUCAGUUCCCUUAAAUGCAACAAAUGUGAUCCAGGGCUCAUAGUGUCUUCAGACCCUCUGGACUCUCUCGCGCAGUGGAAGUGCACUCACUGUGAAUUCAGCACGCCAGGAUGCGCUAUAAACAAAGUGUACUCCGUGAUCCAGAGUGAUUUGGACCAGCUGGAGUACGUGGACAUGGGGGCCGAGGCGGUGGAAAAUCGCGAGGCUCUACUGCGAAAGUACAGAUCCGUUCUGCACCCCAAGCACGCCUUCUUGACGAUCCUGCGGUGUUCCUUGUCCCAGCUGUACGGCCGAGCCGAAGGCUACGUCUUGGAAGACCUACCAGACAUCCUGCUCGAACGAAAGAUUGAGAUCUGCAAGGAUGUCCUGUCGGUUGCAGACGUAAUCGAACCCGGACUUUCAAGACUAAGAGGGAUGACUCUGUAUGAACUUCACGCACCAGUUAUGCUGUUUGCCCGUAGCCAAUGGCGGUAUAAGGAAAUUGACGAUAAAAAGUUGAGAGUCCGACUAGAAGAAGCUGAGAAAUAUCUCAGCGAGGCAGUGGCUAUUCUGAAAUUUGAACAUCCAUCCUCACCAGAAGGAAUAAUCGCAGCGAUCAGCCAGCAAUCUCUGCAAAAACUUCGUGAAUCUAUUGAAUCUCUUCCCCAGUCAUAAACUAGUUUGUCAGAAAAAGAAUUUAGUGUCCGAUAAAGUGACACCUCAGAAGAAUCCGCCACUUAGAAAUCUCAUGUUCCUGUGAACCCCUCACUAGGAGCAAGCUACUAAAAUUAGUUGUUCUCGUCUCUAAAAAUAAUUCCCACUGGGAAUAAACGAAGAGCGCACCAAAUACGUUCGAACAUUCUUUCCACUCCCUUCUCUAAACUAACUUAAAAUACAAACUGUAUUCUGCAGUUGAAUAACAAAGUAUAAGGAGAUGUUAGAACCUAGUGCAAAUGUACCUAAAGAGUGAUUGUGUACUUUCAGGUACGACCUUAUACUAAUACAAAUUAUACAAGCCCACAUCAACCUAAAGCAGUAGUCACGUUUACAAACAACAGUUUUCACACAACAAAUGUAUAAUUCUAUAUCCACAGCAACAGAAACUUCUGACAAACAGAGCUCCAAGGACCGGAACCCGAUAUUUCCCUAAUACAAAGCAGGAACAUUAAAAAUUCGACAUAGGUAUUAAGUUUUAGUUGGUUAAUUUUGAAACAUUCAUAUUUUCCUGUUAAAUUUCAUGAGGUUUAAAUAACGGAUCAAUGUAACUUUACAUCGUAAAGCGAUUUUAACGUUAUAGACCAGCAUCUACAACAUUUUUGUUUAAUUAAAAUAUAUUCUUAACAGUCGUUUGCCCUUAUGAUUAGAUAAAGUACAGGCAUGCAUUUUUAUAUAACCGUUCUCCUCAGCAGCAUUGAACUUUUGCCCUUCUCGCAUUGCCUAAUUCGCAAAUCAUGUAACGAGCCGUAUAUAAAGGUUCCGAGGGUCACAUGCGACCCACAGGUUGCCAACCCCUGCUCCAGUGAAUGUGUAGUGAUCCUUGUUAGUGAUAAGAUAUCGAGCUGACACGUUAUUAAGAUUGUGUAACUUGUAAGAGAGUUCUGUUUUGUAUAAAUUCAAUUAAAUUUCAUAGCCGAACUAUAAAAUCCAAAGUACAGAAGAAUAUCACGUCACAACGCGAUACGAAGACGGAGGCGUACAAUACUAAACACAGAAAAAUAAACUUAGACAUGCUAUUUGCUAA